AUGUACACGCACAUUAAGAAGCCCACUGGACUAUGCAUUGAACUGCUCGAGUCCCAAGGUGGACUGAUCUCACUCGAAGACUUUCAUGAACUCUGGUCAAUGCUUCGCAAAACUCACUCACUCGAUCAUCUUUACCCGCUCCCAACCAACACAGAAGAAUUCCACCUGCUAUAUAUCAUUAUCUCUAAAGACCAAGAACAUGGUGACCUUGGUAUUCAUGCGAAUGGAUAUGGCAUCGAAGACGAGGGGAAGUAUCGGCUAGCCGGGUUCGCUUGUCUGGUCGUCCCUCCUAACGAACGUCGCGAGAAAUCCAUCCUCUCGGGGAAUCCGAACGGUAUAUGUGAUACUGCAGAUAUCAGAAUUGCGCUUUUGCCUGCGGUACAAAAGCGAGGGUUCGGGCGCUUUGUUGUACAUGAACUUCUUGGUCAUGCGUUUGACACGCUCCGUAUUCGCCGUGUAACAGCUUCAGUUGUGUCACCGGUGCGGCCAUCCCAUUCGGCAGCCCAGAAGAAACAGCUAGGAUUCAACACAAAACAAAUCUGUAGGAUAUUUGAAACAUUUGGGUUCAAAUUUGAAGGGAUCAGUCGCGGGGCAGUCAUGAACACUGAGGCUCCUGAAGACGACAAGCCUGUAUGGCAUGAUGUGCACCGAAUGUCGAUGCUCGUUACAGAUUACUUUGAAGAACACAUAAUAAGCUCCCUCUCAACUAUCCGCUCCCCCUGUCACAAAUUGCCUUUAAAAACGGUCCGGCUGAGUCCUUGGGAUACCAUGAUCCAGAGACAAGAAGAAGAGAAACGCGACCUGAAACUAUGGGCCCAGGCGCCCAAGGAUACGCUGGCCAAUGAUGCCUGUGAUGAAGACGAGGAGAAUAGCGAUGUUGAAACUAUGUUGGGCGAUGAUGAUGUUGACGAGCAUGAUUGGGAUAUGGCGAACGACUUUGAUGAUUAA